AUGGCAGCGCAGCAGAACUCAGACUAUGAGCUCCUAACAGAGCACUUUGGCUAUCCUCCAGUCUCCCUCCUCGACGACAUCAUCAACACCGUCAACGUCCUUGCCGACCGCGCUCUAGACUCAGUUGAACGUCUUCUCCUUUCCAUCCCGCCGCAAGCGCUCGGCUUUUCCAACAAACAUGCACCCAAAGAUGGAACUCCCGCAUUACCGCCAGACGAAGCGGCCAAACUCGAGAUCGAGCAUGGCACACACCAGCUUGAGACACUGCUCAACGCGUCUAUUGACAAGAACUUCGAUUUAUUCGAACUAUACACAAUGAGGAAUAUCUUGACAGUGCGACCCGACGACCAGCCAUUUAUGCGUCUGGCGCAUUAUGAGGGUCUUGAUUUUGCAGGGUUAGAACGACAGGAUCGUCCAACAGCUGAAUCGGUAACUGCGCUACGGAGGAGGUUACAUGCUAGCCAGCGACUGCAUACUGCACUUGAAGCCGAACGGGCACGAAAUGAUGCGCUGCUCGACAAGUUACGAUCUUUACUUGGCACUGUGCCCGAUGUCAAGGCAGAAGAAGGACAGGCUACACCAGAACCUGCACCAGACGGCUCAGCGUUUGGAUUCCUGCGCGACAAGGAAAGCCUCCAGAAUGCUGGAACCGACAAGCCCAUUGCUACCACAACGGAGUUUACCCUUUCUCAAUUACAAGCUCUUCGCGCUCUGUCGACAUCGUUACGCACACUGCUUCCUGAUCUUGGCCCUACUGAUGCAGAUACCUCGGACAAUGCUGUUAGUGGCGCACGUACUUGGAGACGUGAGCGUGUAGAGUAUGUCGAGGGUGCGUCACGGAAGUAUCUCGAGACAGCGAGAGGAUUGGAGCUUGGAGAUCAGGGUGAGGUGCGCGAUGGCGAGUGGCAGGGUGAGGGCCGUAAGAUAACAAGAGGUGAUGUUGAGGGAUUGGAGCAGGUAGCCUCUAUGCUAGGACAGAAAGCAACGACGACAGGGGAGCCUUCGGGUGAUGGAGAGCCAAUGGAUGAAUCAUGA